AUGAGUGCAACAUCACUUGCCGGUCUCAUUCUGUUUAUAAGACCCGCUUUAAUGCCAAUCCGCUUUGCGGUACGUUCGUUGGGCUGGACUGAAAUUGCUGAGGAAGAUUUGACAGCUGAACGAAGUUCACGAGCCGUGAACAGGGCAAUCGUUGACUUGUCUACAGGACGUAAUGAUGUCAUGGAUAAUGUGAGCAAAUGGGGCGAUGUAAGUGCUUCUUUUAUUGAAUAUUUUCUUCAUAGUUAUACCUGCUCACUUUUCUUUUUCUGCACAUUUUGGCGAAUUUAA